AUGCCUGCACCACACGUCUAUCAGAUCACGGUCACCACAGGGUCCAUGUUCAGCGCAGGCACCGCAUCACGUGUCGGCUUCCAACUGUACGGGUCAGAGGGCACAUCUCCAGUCAAAAUGCUGAACCCGAAAGGAGAGGCUUUGGUGCGAGGAAGUACUUUGCACUUUGUGAUGCCCGUGCGAGAGUCACUUGGAGAAGUGAUGUUGUUGCACAUCUGGCACGAUAACUCUGGGGAAGGCGACAAUUCAUCGUGGUUCCUCGGAAGUUUUGUCGUCAGAGAUGUAGAAAAGGAUGUGGUGUCUUACUUCAACUGCAACGACUGGUUAUCAGCAGAAAAAGGGGACGGUGAGGUGCAGAAGGUGGUUCACGCUAGCACCGAGGAGGAGCUGACAUCAUUUACCAAUGUCUUUAUUGAGGCAACCAAAAAUGCGUUCUACGAUAAACAGCUGUGGGCGUCUGUCCUUGUAGCAGCACCGGGAUCCAGCUUCACCAAAGCCCAGCGUCUGUCCUGUUGCUUUACUCUCCUGAACACCAUGAUGCUGGCCAGUGCCAUGUGGUACAGGGAAGAAAACACAACUGCUGACACAAGAGUGUUCAACCUGGGGUUUGUUCGUUUUACAAUAGAGGCUAUCAUUGGAAAACGUUCUUCCCGCUUGGGCAAGCUCGUGGCGUGGGUUACCGUGUUCCUGGUGUCCACCAGCUCCGCGUUCUUCGUCAUCCUGUACAGUAUGGACUGGGGGAAGGAGAAGAGUGACUCAUGGAUAAAGGCUUUUAUAAUGUCCUUCGUGGGGACCAGCUGUGUGGUGGACACUCUUCAGAUCUUUGUGCUUGCUGUGGCCCUGGCGUCCAUCCUUAGCCUCCCGCUCCUCGCCAAGCCGCCGACUAUUCGGAAGGAAGACUUGCAGCUGAACCUGUGGAACACAACAGCUCCGAAGAAAGUCCACCCACCUGCCAAGCCUAAUAGGCAGUCUGCGAGGAAAAAUAAGGAGCUGAAUGAGAAAUCAGCCUCAGUACUGAAGGAGAUUCUUCUCCUGUUGGUCUUCGUAUCCCUUCUCUUCUACAUCGCCCAGGCAGACAAAGACCAACAAAAGACUUUCUAUGAAACCCAGUCUUUAUCGAAGAAUAUUCUGCAAAACUAUGAUGUGAUCAGAACUCCGGACAAGUUUUACAUAUGGGCUGAGGACGUCCUGCUGCGGACUCUUUACCCGGCCACCUGGUACAACGGAAAGGACAUGAAGUACUUAGACCGGCAGUUUGCACACAACACGGGAUCCUUCCGCCUCGGUCCUCCUCGUCUUACUCAAGUUAGACAUCUUCCGGAUGUCAUGACGCGGAAUGCUUUCCAUGACCUCGGCUGGAGCUUGGACUUGGGGAAUGUUUCUGGUAACUGCUGGCGAUUCGAGGUUAAGGACUUGUUAGCUCAUCCAAACGACACCUUCCUCUGCAAGAAUCACCACUCGUUUGACGUGCCUUUGGGCCAUGACGCGGCUGUGUCAUUCUUUGGCAUCUUGAGAGACAAACAGUUUUUUGACAAAUACACAAAAUCCGUGACAAUCACAGUAAACUUCUACAAUCCCAGCCUGAAGCUAUUCAGCAUUGUGAAAAUGGUUACAGACCGUUCUGGAGUCGGGCAUCUCGUGCCAACAGCAGCAAUCACUUCAUUCAGACUGUUUCAAUACGAAAGUGAUGCUGACUACAUGAAGCUAUUUGUGCAAAUUGCAUUUACAUUAUUGUUCGCUGUUAUACUUUGUAACGAACUAAAGACAAUGGAGAACAUGGGCAGGGAAUACUUCACAAAGUGGAACGCCCUUGGAUUCGUUAGCCUCAUCGGUACAGCUACAACAAUCUCCGUCUUCAUCAAGCGAUAUGUGGUAGCAUCUGAAACGCUCGAAAUGAUCGUCAAAAGUAAAGGUGAGCUGGGAUUUGAGCGCUUUAUUGACCUGCAAACUGCUGCAUAUUGGGAUGCUUGUUUCAAGCACAUGUUGGGUCUGGUAGUCUUCAUCAACACCAUUUCCUUACUUCGCGUCGUCCGCUUCAGUAAACCAAUCGGCAAACUCCUGGCCCUUCCCGGUAUCAUGAAGAAGGAGCUCCUGGCGUUCGUAGUUUCUGCUGUCGUGGCCUUCAUGGCCUUCAUCAGCUCAGGUAUGGAUUCCAAAAUCAUGUCGCAUUUGCACCUUUUGUGUAUUGUACAAUACUCAAUGUUAACGCCUUUUUCUGCCUUUCACCGGCUUCAGGAUUCCUCAUAUUUGGAAGCGAAAUGGAAUCUUACACAGACCUGUACCAAACGACGUUUGCACUCUUCGAGAUGAUGCUUGGAAGGUUCUUCGCCCAGGAAAUGUUGGAUUCCAAUCCUAUCACUGGACCAAUCUUCUUCUCCACCUUCAUGAUCUGCAUCUUCAUCCUCCUGGUGAACUUCCUGAUGACCAUCAUCUGUGACGCAAUUUCCGCUGACGUUGACGUCGACCAUGACCGUGAACUUGCCGAUCACAUGUGGAGGAGCUUCUGGACUAUGAUGGGGUUUCACAGCACGCC